UCUCAUAUUUGUAAAAGAGAACCCAACCCGCAUGUCAGUGCCAAUCUAACAAGCUCCACUUUCGCAAACAGAUUCCGAAGCCUAAACCCAAGCGCGGCCGCCGCAGUGCAUCAUCAACAUCAUCCGGUGUCCGGAAAAAGCAUCCGUCGAACGUUCUCCGGUCUCCAUUGGCAUAAUUUCGCGAAACCUCGUUGCGUCAGACGAAGAAAAAAAAAAAGAAUGUCUCACAGUGGCGUAAGGUGUGGCACGAGGCUUCUGAGCCUCACGCGCGCUUUUUCCACGGAGGCGCGUGCGCAGAAGGUGGAGCGCAUCGCCGACGAGCUUCUCGACCUCAACAGGUUCGAGAGACACGAUUUCACCGUCCUCUGGCGGCUCAAGAUGGGCCUCCACCGCUACGGCGCCCCCGCCGCCGGCAUUGUGGCGCCAUCCGUCGCGGCUUCCGGGUCCCCCGCGGUGGCCUCGGCCGCGGCGGCGGAGAAGACCGCCUUUGAUUUGAAGCUGGAGAAGUAUGAUGCUGCUGUGAAGAUCAAGAUCAUCAAGGAAGUGAGGGCUUUCACUGACUUGGGGCUGAAGGAAGCGAAGGACUUGGUGGAGAAGGCUCCCUGUGUUUUGAAGAAGGGGCUCACUAAGGAGGAGGCUAAGCCCAUCAUGGAGAAGCUUAAGGAGUUGGGUGCUGCUGUUGUGUUGGAUUGAUUCAUUCUCAAUUUCACUUUUGUGUUACUUGUAGAAUCAUUGAAACUUGUUUAUGGGUGAUGAAUGAUGAUGAUAAUGAUAAGUGAUAAGUUAUAUGUCUUACCCCCUUUCCUCGUUUUUAUGUUUUGUUGGUAGGUUGAUAGUUUUUGUUAUGUGACAUUCUUAUUUUAAUUGAAGUUUGACAUUGGAAAUCA